AUGCAGAAUAAAGAAAACCAUGAGCCACGGGCUUCGCAGCAGACCCACAGCAUGGUGGCAGGCCCACAGCGUGUUCUGGUGAAGCCUUUAAGAGGUGGCAGCAAAACUGCCAUUCCAGGUCCUGGAAGAGAGUGUGGUACUUCAUCCUCCAGUCUGGCUGCCAAGAAGAUUAGCAUUGAUGACUUUGACAUUGGUCGACCCCUGGGGAAAGGCAAGUUUGGCAACGUUUACCUUGCUAGAGUAAAAGAGCUGCAAGCUAUUGUGGCUCUGAAGGUGUUGUUCAAGUCCCAGAUGGAGAAAGAAGGCGUAGAGCACCAACUCAGGAGGGAGAUCGAGAUUCAGGCCCACCUCAAGCAUCCCAACAUCCUUCGCUUUUACAACUAUUUUCAUGAUCGCAAGCGGGUGUUUUUGGUGCUUGAGUACGCGCCACGUGGUGAGCUUUACAAGGAGCUCCAGAGAUGCGGACGCUUUGAUGACCAACGCACUGCUACCUACAUGGAAGAGAUCUCAGAUGCACUUUUGUACUGCCACUCGAAAAAAGUCAUCCACCGCGACAUCAAGCCAGAGAAUCUGCUUCUUGGCUAUCGCGGAGAGCUGAAAAUUGCUGAUUUCGGUUGGUCUGUUCACGCGCCUUCUCUCAGACGUCGUACAAUGUGCGGCACGCUGGAUUAUCUCCCUCCCGAGAUGAUCGAGGGCCGCACCCACAGCGAGAAGGUGGAUUUAUGGUGCAUUGGAGUCCUCUGUUAUGAAUGCCUUGUUGGGAACCCUCCCUUUGAAACUCAAUCUCAUUCUGAAACCUACAAAAGAAUUAUGAAGGUGGAUUUGAAGUUCCCAAAGAUCGUCUCUGAUGGGGCAAGGGACCUGAUCAGCAAGUUACUCCGCCACUGUCCCACCGAUCGUUUAGCGCUACAAUGUGUCAUCGAUCACCCAUGGGUGCGUGAAAAUUCUCGCCGGGUCUUACCCCCUGUCUGUCCUGCCAAAACCUCGUGA